CACCACGUCCGGUCAGGGGCUAGCGCUGAAAAGACACAGGGGCCAUCGGGAGGCGGGCCCUCCUGCUGCAGGGCCUCCUGGAUUGGCUGACACACCGCCUCACCGGGCAAGGACCCCAGGAGGGCUGCCUGGUCGCACGCCUGAAGGACCCCGCCUGGACCGAAAGGCUAGCUAUCGCAGUGCCUGGUGGCUGUGCCCCGUGGCGGGAGGAUCAGGAGGGAGAUGACCUCGAUCUUGCGGAGUCCUCAGGCUCUCCAGCUCACUCUGGCCCUGAUCAAGCCUGAUGCAGUUGCUCACCCACUGAUUCUGGAGGUAACAACAAAUCCUAAGCCUCUACUGUAUGCCCUGGACAUUGCUUCUGUUUCAGGUGCCAUAGGGCCAUUUGUGAAGACUGACAACACAGCCCUGUGCUAGAUAGUGUGGAGGCAGAGCUAGAAGCCAUGGACUCUGACCCCAAGGAGACUAAAAAUCUACUGGAGAAUUGGGGCAGGUAUAAAAUAUAAGAAAGGAUCCAAUACAAUAAGAAGAACCAAACCUCAAGACAAUGCUGUUCAUCAGCAGAUUCUGAGCAACAACUUCCUUAUCGUACGAAUGAGAGAACUUAUGUGGAGGAAAGAAGAUUGCCAAAAGUUUUACCGAGAGCAUGAAGGGCGUUUUUUCUAUCAGCGGCUGGUGGAGUUCAUGGCCAGUGGGCCAAUCCGAGCCUACAUCCUCGCCCACAAGGAUGCCAUUCAGCUCUGGAGGACAGUGAUGGGACCGACUAGAGUGUUUCGAGCACGCCACGUGGCCCCAGAUUCAAUUCGUGGGAGUUUUGGCCUCACUGACACCCGUAAUACAACCCAUGGCUCAGACUCUGUGGUUUCAGCCAGUAGAGAGAUUGCAGCCUUCUUUCCUGACUUCAGUGAACAGCGCUGGUAUGAGGAAGAGGAGCCCCAGUUGCGCUGUGGCCCUGUGUGCUACAGUCCAGAGGGAGGCGUCCACUUUGCAGCUGGAACAGGAGGCCCAGGGCCAACCUGACGCAAGCCUGUCGGUCUGUGAAGACUGGUGGCAUCGCCCAGCCUUUUCUCACAGAAUUCUGGUCCAGAGCAUUCUCCUAGGACCAGGGAGGUCUGGGGCUCAUUGUGCCAUCUCUGCUGGGCACCAUCACCUGCAUGAGGUGGCUCCUUACUGCCACCUCUUCUAGAAUCUAACUCUCUAUCUACCUCUUCUCUGGAAUGUUCAUGGGUGGUUCAGAGGAAUGAUGGCUCCUUUUUUUUCUGAGAACUAUUCAUCCUUUUUCAAGCAGGAAGUUGCCUAAUUGACUUGCCUAAAAAAUGCAGUGACUGUAUUAGCAACAUUUGGUCUAUUUUCCUUAAUAAAAGUCAGUAUUCUACUGAAUCCUCAAGGCUGGGAGCACUACUCUAGAUGCUGUCUCUCUAUCCUUAACUGAAGUAAUUAAACCUGUCUUGAAGUCAAGUUUCUGGUCUAUGCUAAGUAAAGAGAGAAUCAUAAAGAAGUUUCCCAGGAGGUUCACAUACAGUGUGCAGCUUACGUAGUGUAUGAAGGCACUGAGUGACAGCUGAAUAUGGGCUCAGAUCCAUGCUGUGCACCUGACACAGGGCUGCAUCCUGGAAGAAGGGGCACCUUUUGUUUGAACAAAAGUAUGUCUGCCCAGUAGAGGCAAAUUGUUAUGACUUACCUUUUUUUUUCUGAUUUGCACAAAGCCACUAAAUGUAGCCAUGUCUCUGCUGUAGCUGAGGAUGACAGUUGUCUAUUGCUGCAUGACAAAUCA